GGUUUGAAUGAAUGUGAAUCUCAAGAAGGUCUUCCUAUCAGGCAAAUAUAUUUGCCUGGCCUCUCUAUCUAUAUACGUAUUUUGGCACAGCUGAGAUGAUUUAUCAUCUAUUGCCUAUCUCCGAAUUCAAUGCGCCCCAUAAACCCCCACAAGAGUAUGUCAUGGUGCUUAGAAUUAAUAAUGAUCGUUGACUUCAUAUGAGCUAUAAAUACCCGAGUAGGACUGUAAUAACUAAACAUUCUACCCAUCAAUCCAAAGCACCACCCUCAUCAUAGAACUAUACUCAAAAUCUCCAAUCCCUCCCAAGAAAUACAAAAUCAAAAUGCUCGCCCUCACAGGAACCACCGGCAAAAUAGGCAAAGCAGUCCUCCAGGCCCUCCUCUCGCGCUCCCUCAUCUCCCCCUCCGAGCUCAUCAUCUGCACCUCUUCCAACCCCUCAGACGCUAAAUUCAACGACUUCAAAUCUCAAGGUAUCCAAGUGCGAAAAUCAGACUACAAUUCGCCAUCUAGCAUGAAGAGCGCUUUCGCCGGCGCCGACAAACUCCUCUUGAUUUCUACACCCCAAAAUGAUCUCGAUUACAACGAUGCUCCGCACGGACAAGGUCGUGAAAAACACCAUUUUGCCGCGAUCGAUGCGGCGAGAGAGGCGGGCGUGAAACAUAUCGUUUAUGCAUCAUUAGCGUUCGGAUUGGAGAGCAAGACGGGAGUGAUGCGCGCGCAUUUGAGAACCGAAGCAUAUCUCAAGACGUUAACCGAUAUCAAGUGGACGAUUGUGAGAGAGGGGCUUUAUCAGGAAUCGUGGCCACUCUAUGUCGGUUUCUACGACACGGCUGCGGAUCCCCGCGAGGAAUUGGUGGUUGCGGGAGAUGGAGGAUUGAGCAUGAUUAGUUUGGAGGAUUUGGGGAUUGCGAAUGCAUUGGUGUUGGCUGAUACGUCGGGGAAGUAUGAUGGUCAAUUGUUCUUCUUGAGUCCGAGGAAAACUGUCUCGAUGACUGAGGUUUUGAAGAUGGUAUCUGAGAUUAAGGGCAAGGAGAUUAAAUUGAAGAUUGUGUCUGAUCAGGAAUAUAUCGAUCAUUAUGCGGAGAAGGGAUUCCCAAGAGCGAUGUUGGAGUGGUGGGUUAGUAGCUAUACUGCGCUUAGCGAAGGAGAGUGUGAAAUCAAAGAUGGAAAGUCGGAUGAGUUGUUGGCGAGUGUUGGUGUAAAGCCUAAGGAGAUGGAACAGACGGUUAAGGAGAUGAUGGCGGGAGGAUUGAGAGGCCAUGAUAAGUUGACCUAAGGGAGAGAAACAGAUUCUUUACUUGUGUAUGAUACCUAGCUGGUGUAUUCUGAUAUAAAAGUCUAUGUAAUGGCCUUUCUUCAUCGCAAUCUGCACUUGAGAUAGGCGGCGUUCUUACAUGGAUGGUGAAAUGCAGUGAAGUAGGAUCGAUGAAGCGAAGAACUAUUGAAAAUAUCAAUAUGCACUGGUUCAUGGAGGCUUGUAACAAUUCCACGAAUCGAAGUUUUUUCUAAAUCUCAGCGUCAGAAUAUCUAUCCAGCUCAUCCA